AUGAUGCCCAAACCAGGACCUGCAGCAUCAAAUGCAUCUGGCUCUGACUCCCACCUCCAUUCACCCAUGUACAUUUUUCUCUCCAACCUGACCCUUAUAGACAUCUGUUUCACCUCUACCACCAUCCCAAAGAUGCUAUGGAACAUUCACAACAAGAGCAAAGUUAUAACCUUUGAUGGCUGCAUCACCCAGAUGUAUUUUCACAUACUGUUUGCAGGCUUAGAUGAUGCUCUCCUGAGUGUGAUGGCCUAUGACAGGUUUGUGGCCAUCUGCCACCCCCUGCACUACAUGAGCAUAAUGAACCCUGGACUCUGUGGACUGUUGGUUCUGAUCUCCUGGAUAAUGAUGGCCAUGUAUUCCUUGUUACACACCUUAAUGGUAUCACGAUUGUCCUUCUGUCCAGAUUUGGAAAUCCCCCACUUUUUCUGUGAACUCAAUCAGAUGGUACAACUUGCCAGUUCUGAUACAUUUCUUAAUAACCUGGUGAUGUAUUUUGCAGCUCUCCUUAUGAGCAUUGGUCCUUUUGCUGGUAUCCUUUACUCUUACUUGAAAAUAUUUGCUUGCAUUCAUAGAAUCUCAUCAGCUCAGGGGAAGUAUAAAACAUUUUCUACCUGUGUGUCUCACAUUUCCAUUGUCAUUUUGUUUUAUUGUACAGGCCUAAGUGUAUACCUUAGCUCUGCUGCUACCCACAGCUCACACUCAAGUGCAACUGCCUCAGUGAUGUACACUGUGAUCACACCCAUGCUGAACCCCUUCAUCUACAGUCUGAGAAAUAAAGACAUAAAGAAUGCACUGAAGAGAUUCUAUUUGAUGCAAGAGGGAAUUUCAGAGGAAUCAGAACUUCGGCCCCUCAUAUAUGGACAUUUGCUUUCCAUGUACCGAAUCAUGGUGUUUGGGAACCUGCUCACCAUCCUGGCUGUCAGCUCAGACUCCACCUCCACACACCCAUGUACUUCUUCCUCUCCAACCUGUCCUUUACAGACAUCUGUUUCACUACCACCACCAUCCCAAACAUGCUGUGAACAUCUAGACACAGAGCAGAGAUUAUAUGACCUGCUCCUGGGUGUGAUGGCUUAUGACAAGUUUGUGGCCAUUUGCCACCUCUGCACUAUUUAG